UAUUUUUUUGAAAUUUUCUUUGUAAAUGAAAUUAUAACAAAAAUAAAGAUGGAGCCAACACUAAAUAUAGGCCUAUAUAAACAAGCACUAAACACCUGCUACUACAACAGACAAAAACAUUUCCACACAAUGGCAUCUUUAGCGACCACUCUAGCCCUAAUUCUUUUCUUGAUCUGCCACCUCACACCAGAAACAGCUCUAGCUCGCCCUCUCAACGAUCAGAAGCCGGUUGAUGGAGUCGUAACCACCACCACCGACGAAGCCAAAAACCUAGCCUUUGUAUCUGAUCCGUUCCCUAGUUUGCAGUCAUCACCUCCAACAUCAGCUAUUCCUGGUUCUCCUGGCUUCACGCUUCCGUUUCCAUUCCCGUCAUCACCAGGAGGUAUUCCCGGUAUUCCAGGUUCCCCUGGGUUUAGGCUUCCGUUUCCAUUUCCGUCAUCACCAGGAGGUAUUCCCGGUAUUCCUGGUUCCCCUGGCUUUAGGCUUCCGUUUCCAUUUCCAUCAUCACCAGGAGGUAUUCCCGGUAUUCGUGGUUCCCCUGGCUUUAGACUUCCGUUUCCAUUCCCAUCAUCACCAUCAGGAGGAGGUAUUCCCGGUAUUCCUGGUAUUCCCGGUUUCCCUUCCUUUAGGUUUCCUCCGUUACCAAUCCCGUCAUCACCUCUAGCAGGAGGAGGUAUUCCCGGUAUUCCUGGUAUUCCCGGUUUCCCUGCCUUUAGGUUUCCUCCGUUACCAAUCCCAUCAUCACCUCUAGCAGGAGGUGGUAUUCCUGGUAUUCCCGGUAUUCCUGGUAUUCCCGGUAUUCCUGGUUUCCCUGGAUUUAGAUUUCCUCCGUUACCGUUCCUCCCACCGUCGACUCAGUGAACGUGUCCCGUUGGAUAUGGAGUAAGCUCAUGCUAGUUUAUCGAUAAUGAUCAUGUGUACUCUUAUGAUAUUUAUAAAAUGAGUAUUCUGUGUCGUGUAAUGUAACUUACAUUAUGUAAGUGUAUGUUUAUCUAAUAAAUAAAGACUUCGAUUUGAGUUCAGUCCAAUACGACGGUGUAUCCAAGUAAAAUGAAUCAUUGUAUUUGUGCAUGGCUUGAGUUCGAUGUGUUGUUUUACAAAUUUCUUGGUAUUUCUGAUUAAUAUAGCUUAGUUGAUUAAACCUUUUGAAGGAGGUGAGGUGUUAGACCAUAAGUUUCUAGCUUCUCUAUUAAUCUUCAAUCUCAAUCACACACAUUUACAUGCUGUAAAAAAAGGACCUCACUUACACACACAUAAUAUAUUUACCAAUCAAACUUAUUAUACUCCACCAAUAGCUAACAACAUUUAGAUGGUUUGUGAGAGUAAUCUAAUGAAAUGGAAAUAAGUGUUAAAACAAUUAUUAGAAAAUAUAUGAGAUAAUAAUUAGUCAACAAAUAUAAGUAAAGACAAAAUAAUUAGAAAAAAAUUAGAUUUAUUCUG